AGUCAACCGCGAAUCCGUUUUGAUCCAAGCUUCUUUCGUGAACUGUCAACUCAUCCUCGUCCUCAUCGUUCAUUCGCAUGUGUGUUUUCGUUUGGUGAACAUGGUGGUCAAAGCAGCGAUAGAAGUGAAUCCACGUGCCGCCGGCAAAUCCGAUUCCGAAAUGCAGCAGACCACGGUAGGUGGCAACCGGAGCUUCCGGAAGCAGAUGGAAACGCUUUCCAAGGCGGAGGAGAAGUCCAUCCUGGUGGCGAAGGAGCUGAAGUUCGUCAAGUCGCUCGCUGGCAACGAUGUCAAACUGCGCCGUAAAGUUAUGAAAAACCUCAAAAUUUGGCUGACGACGCGAAGCCGAAGCACCUUCGCGUUUACCGAUACAGAUUUUCUUCGUCUGUGGAAGGGACUGUAUUAUUGUAUGUGGAUGUCGGACAAGCCACUGGUCCAGGAGAGUUUGGCCGAUGAAAUUGCCUCCUUGGUUAGAUGCUUCGAGGAUCUCUCGGUAGCGUUGCAGUAUUUUGGAACUUUCCUGGAAACGAUGUGCAUCGAGUGGUUCGGAAUUGAUCAUUGGAGGAUGGAUAAAUUCAUGAUGCUCGUUCGUCGAUGCACUCGUCAGAUGCUUCAGGUGCUGCACGAAGCCCAGUGGCCACAGGAGAACGUCAGCGAAUUAAUGAAGCACAUUGACAACACUAUCCUCAACCCAGACAAGGCCCCAUUUGGUCUGACAAAACAUUUUGACGAUCUGCUGCUGGAGGAAAUCGCCAAAGUUAGCGAGGGCGAAAUCGAACCGGAAGUGGUGCACAUUAUUGUGAAUACGUACGCGCUUCGUUUGCUCAGUACCAAUGAUAUGCGGUUGAUUAAGCACAUUACAUCGAGCAUAUUCCACCCGUUGCUCUACCAGUCGGAGCUUGGUCAGGAUUAUCAGGAAAAGUUUGAUUUGUGGAAGAAAACCAACUUUGUGACGGGUAAUAUCGAUGACGUCGACUUCGAUGUUCAGUAUGAGCAGGAAGAUGGCGAGGAGGAAUGUGAAGAAGAUCAGGAUGAUGAAGAGGGUGGAAGCAAUUCCAGAGAGAAGGUGUACGAUCCUCGUGCUGGGCAAGUGGACGUCGAUAUUCACGAGAUUCAGUUCGACCCGUUGAAAGUUGUGGAAAUGUUUGAAAGCAAUCGCUUUAAACCUUUCGUCACAUCGAAGGGCAAAAAGCAGAUGAAAAUGUUGGUGAGGCAGUACAAGAAAUUCUCCGAAGGCAUCUUUCCACUUGGAGUCCAGGCGAUGGAAAGCAUUGCAAAAAAGGAUUAUGCUGUCAAUAUUGAUGAGCAAAUUGCUGAACUAGAAGAUUACCAGAAGGAACUGGUGGGCGAGAAAGUUUCUAGAAAACAGAAACGAAAAGAAUUGGCAAAGGUUAAGCAACAGGCUAAGGAGAAUAAUACAAAGGUAACUGAAUCAAAUGUUUGGACCGAAACCGACGAAACUCCAGAAGACGGAAACCCGAAACCUGCUGUGAAAUCCGAUUCAAAAAAGAAAACCAGGAAAAAGAUAACAAAAACCCAAAUAAAAGAAGAAAAGCUUAAAAAACUUAAGGUUAAAAGAGAAGCAAAAUUGGCUGCCAUCAAACAAAAAAGACAAGAGACGAAACCCAUUAAGAAGCCAACAAAAGUUGUAGAAGAACCGAAGCAAGAUUCACCGAAAAAGGUCGUAGAAGUAAAACCAAGUGCACCAAAGGUAAAGUCACAAACAACCAAACCGAAGGGUGCCUUCGAAGUGCACGACGAAUGGUCUGAAGCUUUGAAAGAAGGCGAAACAGAGUUCUUUAUUCCAUCGAGGAAAACCAAACUCAAGGAAAUUAACAAACAACUCAACGAAGAAGAUUCGGCAUCGGCCACUCCUAGCAAGUCAAAAUCACCAUCGCUCGUAAAAAACCCUUUCGCCACACCGAAGAACACAUCAUCCAAAUUGAAACGUUCUCUGGUAACGCCUCAGACGGAUGGACCAUCCGAAAAGAAACGCGUCAAAAUUGCGCUCAACAAGAACAUCUUCCAGGAUCUGCACCAGCACAUCCAGCAGGUGAAAAGUUCCCCCAAGGUACCGUAUGAUUCCAGCAAAAAACCUUCUAAGGGAGCCCUCAAGCCGAAUCUGAUGCCGAGUCCGAUUAAUCCAUUCUACCGGAAGAAGAUCGGACUAAAACUGAACGAUACGAUGUAAGAGCCCUUAUUUAUAGCUAAGGGCACAGGCGUAAGUACCUUUUGUCAUACAUACUUACAAAGUUCAAUGUACAGUUUUCGCAUUUUUUCGUUCGUAGUUUACGAAACGACAUUAAAUUAAGGAUUUCGAAUAGGA